GAAAAAGCAAACAAAAGUAAAAAAGUUAACAAAAAAAUGGAACACUAUUGAAAAUUUUGGUCCGUUUAAAUGACGUAGAAAAAGUCGAUAAAAUGAAGUUUCAUGAUCUAUUGUACAAAGGAAAAUUAUAAAUGGAAAAAAGAUAAAAUAGUUAUAAUACACAAGUAAGGCACACUCAGACGUCAAAUUUAUAAUCAGGUAUGGAUAUGAACGAUGACGAUCCGGAAGACGUGAAACGUGCAGUCUCGAUACAGAAAGAAAUAAAUAAAGGUGAAAGGGAUGACAAAUUUGAGGGAUAUCCACGUUUUGAAAAGAAGAAAGAAAAAUGGUUACGCUGCGUCAAACCAUCGGCGAAGAAGAAAGCCCAAAAAUCUAUGGCGGAGAGUGAAUGUUGCGAGAGAAAAAAAGCAUCAACGGCAGCAAUGAAGGAAAAAAAGCAAGUAAAAGUGAUGAUUUAUGGUAAACCCUGCAUUUUUCCAAAACUGGACAUCAUUCCGAGGCAUUGUCUGUCAAAAAAAAAAUACAUCGAUGUGCUAGCGACUCCGAGUCGUAGAUGUCCACCAGCGUGUCUGCAAGAGGAAGUGAUAAGAAAAAUUAAGCCAGUUUCUCAAAGAAUCAAAGAAUUAGCUCGACCACCGAAACAUCGUAUGUUGAUAACCCUGCAGGAGGGGGCUUCUAGAUUAAAACCCGAAUUUGUGGACAAUUUAAUCAAAUCAUUGGAGGGUGAAACUUGUUUAACGCCAGAGCAAGCAGCAAAAGCGUUUCGUAAUAAAAAACGUCAAACAAUAUCUCAGAGACGAAAAAAGGAACGUAAGUUUAAUCGUCCUACGCGAAUAGCUAAGAAACCAGGUGCAUUGAGUGCAACAAUAUUAGAUAAGGAUGCUAUAACUUGUCAAUAUAUGAUGGCCGAACGUUUUGUUAAGAGUAUUCUUAAUUGGAGAUGUCCAAUACCAAAAGAAGAAUACGAAGAUAUAGCUAACGUGAUAAUCAAGAGAUUAAGUUAUGUUCUUGAAUAUACACCAUUAGAUGAGAGCGAUCGUAAGUCGCAACAAAUGCGUUUUCUCUCGGAUGUUGUAGCUUGUUGGAUAUCCGGAGUGCUUUUCGAAGUUGCGGAAGAUCGUAAGAAGGAAUUGGAACAAAUGUGCGAGGAGAAACGAAAGGAAGAAGAAGAAGAAGAAGAAGAAGAAGAAGAAGAAGAAGAAGAAGAAGAAGGAUGA